AUGGGUUGGACGAACCACACAGCUGUGACAGGGUAUGUCCUGCUGGGACUCCAGGAACACCACAGCCUAGAGAUAGUCCUGUUCGUGCUUUGUCUGGGCAUCUACUGCACCACUCUCCUGGGAAACUCCCUCCUGGUGGGGCUGAUUGUGCUGGACCCCCACCUCCACAACCCCAUGUACUUCUUUCUCAGCAACCUCUCUCUCAUAGAUAUCUGUGGUACCUCUUCCUUCAUACCUCUGAUGCUACGCAACUUCCUGGAUGUCCAAAGGACCAUCUCCUUCCCCAGCUGUGCCCUGCAGAUGUACAUGACCCUGGCUCUAGGUGCCACAGAGUGCCUGCUUCUGGCUGUGAUGGCGUACGACCGGUAUGUGGCUAUCUGUCAGCCACUUCGGUACUCGGAGCUCAUGAAUGGGCAGCUAUGUGUGCAGAUGGCAGGAAUAAGCUGGGCGGGCUUUGCCAACUCGCUGCUGCAUUCCAUCCUUGUCUGGCACCUCCCCUUCUGUGGCCAUAAUGUCAUCAACCAUUUCUUCUGUGAGAUCUUGGCAGUGCUGAAGUUGGCCUGCGGGGACAUCUCCCUCAAUGCACUGAUAUUAAUGAUGGCCACAGCUGUCCUGACAAUGACUCCACUUCUGCUCAUAUGUCUCUCUUACGUUUUCAUCCUGGCUGCCAUCUUUAGGAUCCCCUCUACUGCAGGCCGGGCCAAAGCCUUCUCCACCUGCUCUGCCCACCUCACAGUGGUGGUGAUUUUCUAUGGGACCAUAUCCUUCAUGUACCUCAAGCCCAAAGCCAAAGACCCCAGUGUGGAUAAGAUCAUCACACUGUUCUAUGGGAUUGUGGCACCCUCACUAAAUCCCUUUAUCUACAGUCUGAGGAACAUGGAAGUGAAGGCCGCCAUCACAGCCCUGCUGCGGGGAGGUCUGCUCACCAGGAAAAAGUCCCACUUUUAA